UCUAUUUCUCCCGCCCAAUUUAACAAACUAACUGUUUUCUGGUUUGUUGACCUAGGUUUUUGGGGAAGAUGGCCGACGGUGCUCUGGGGAGUCCCGGCGGUGGGAGUCACGAGAGCGGCGAGCAGAGCCCUAGGUCGAACGUUCGCGAGCAGGAUAGGUACCUCCCGAUCGCCAAUAUCAGUCGGAUCAUGAAGAAGGCGCUUCCGGCCAACGGGAAGGUCGCUAAGGACGCCAAGGAGACUGUCCAAGAAUGCGUCUCGGAGUUCAUCAGCUUCGUCACCAGCGAGGCGAGCGAUAAGUGUCAGAGAGAGAAGAGGAAGACGAUCAAUGGGGAUGAUUUGCUGUGGGCAAUGGCGACUUUAGGGUUUGAAGAUUAUAUUGAUCCUCUCAAGAAGUACUUGACUCGAUACAGAGAGAUGGAGGGUGAUACCAAGGGAUCAGGGAAGGGUGGGGAAGGGUCUGGUAGAAAAGAUGGGGUUCAUCCGGGUCCAAAUGCUCAGCUUGCGUAUCAAGGUUCAUUUUCGCAAGGCAUCAAUUAUGGAAAUUCUCAAGCGGAUUUGCAGCAGAGACCACAUUUUUGGGGCAAUGACAGCAAAAUGUCUCCGUAUCUAAUGGUGGGGAAGAAACAGAAAGAAAAGGAUGAGAAAGGAAAUAAGUCACAAGCUCAACAUAUGAUGGUUCACAUGCAAGGCACCGAGUAGAAUCUGUUCUGCAAUUGUUUCCAUCAUUUAAAAUCCUGUUCGAGGAUAUCAUGUUUAAAGCUCACAACUCAUUUUAUAAGUAUUGUUCUGAUAUAAACACUAACAUUUUGUGGGUGGUUUUCGUGUUCUUGCAUGUCCAGAAUUAUAAUUCGGUGUGGUUUGUAUAUUAUUAGUAGAUUGAUUAUUUGCUGAGUAUUGAGACCUUUUGUUGGAUUUAUUGAAUACUUUUUUUUGGGUUAAGGACAUGAUAUUUGGUGGUGAAGCAGAUUGAGAAACUCGCAUUAUUUUA